AACAAACGGGUAACUGGCGAGUCCGGAUCCAUCUUCCUUUUCGCUAACUCGCUACAUUCUCGAAACUUCGUUCGUUUGCGCACUUCAUACGGCCGAUCCUAAACGGCGAUGAAGCGUAGGUGUUCGAUCGAUUGAAGGGAGGGAGAUGUCGAAGAUGCUAUCCAAGUUACGGGGUUUCUUCAGCUCCCGUACACUGGUGGGCGUUGACAAGGUCGGCAAUCGCUACUUCACUCGGAAGGAGGAGAUCGAUGGAGCCACGAAGGAGAAAAGAUGGGUGAUUUUCAAAGGUGAAGAGGACCCCACUUCCAUUCCAGUUGAGUGGAUAUGCUGGUUGAAUGGCCAAAGAAAGAAAGCUCCAACUCCGGAGGAGAUGAUUGAGUUGGAGGCAAGGCGUGAACGUGUUAGACAAAAUGUUGCAUGUAUCAUAAUUAACAUUUGCUUCAUUAUCAAAGUUCUGAAGAAGAAAGAAGAAGAUGAAAGAAAGUCCCUUGUUGGCGGUAUUCGUCAAUGCAAGACCAUUAGGUCCCACCCAUUCUUCAGUUGGAUCCUGACCCGUGGACUCCUUUUGCCCGCGUUUUUGUUGUUUGUCUCGUAAGCAUUUCGGGAUGCCCUGAUGGAGGGUGAGACUCUCGUUUCAGUUAAGGCGUCAUCAUUUCAGGUAAGACGGGCGGAACACCUAGCAAUUAGGAAAGGAAAAGAGAAAAGGUUCCAUUCUUAAAUCACUCACCUGCUCAGGCUGUCUUAAGCAUUCAAACUUCUUCACAUCAACUGUUUGUUGUUUCAUUCAUGAUUUUAUCAUGCCCAACCUUACAUUUGUUAGUUUUGAAUGUUUAAUCAUCAUAUAUUAAACCUUUUUAUUCUUUUUAUUAAACUAAUAUGCUGUUGCUAUUUGAUUCAACAUAUCUCAUGCAGGAUUUUCAGCAUAGGAAUAGCUAGACAUGCCUUUUGAAUUCCUUCACCUCGUGUCUCCUUCCAAUUGUUCCUCGUAGUCUACUAGGCCUUGAUAUGGAUCCUAGUCCAGUUGGCUUUAUUUUCAGCAAGAUUUCUGGUGCCAAGUAUUUUAUCAAUGUGCUUGUCUAUUAAAAAAAAACUAUGUGCUUCAUUAGGGUAAUCUUGUGUUGCUUUGUAGCCUGUACUUCAUGAAACCAAGUCUCAAACUCCUCAGAACCCUGAGGUGUGGUCAUCAUAGUUGAUCAAAAGCAACAUCAAACUUGAACCAUUAUUAGAAGAAAUCAUAUGAUCAGAUUGAUCAUGAUGAAAAAUGCAUCACAGGCCAUAAAUCUUUAACAAAAUCUACUUAUAAAACUUUCGGUAUAGUGUAUAGUAUAUAAUACAUUAUAUCUUCAGAGGUACAAGGAACUUAACACAUCAAAGCUACUUCAAAUAUCACUCAACCCAAAAAAGCAACUUCAAAACACCAAGCCUUCUUCUACAAAAGGUGCACUAUAAUUGUCGCUAAUCACUUGAAAAGGACAGUCAAUGGAUGAAGUGAGCUACGUACCUUUGCAAGGAAACCUCUGUGAUGAUCAAAGAAUUUAAUGUUCCAUUGAAGAAUAAAUAACUUUUAAAUCAUAAAGCAUAAAUCAAAUAGAACAUUGGAAUGUUGAAGUGAAGGAUCAGAAAGAAAAAUAUCUUGAAAUGCCAAAAUUAAAAUUUUCUAAUAAGUAUAGAGAUAUUUCAAAGUGACCAAAAUAUUAAAUUCAAAAAGCUUUGAUAUCACUGGUUGUUUUGUAUUUUCCUACAAGGGUUCACUAAUUACCCUACAAUGGUACCAUCUUGGAGUAGUGUCGGUAGAUAUGCCCGGGAUGGGAUGGGCUUGAUGUACCGAUACUCCGUACACCCCCUACUGCGUAACAGUUUGAUACCAAUAUAAUAAGGUAUGCCCCAAGGUUCGCCAUACCGGUACUGAACCCCGUACUGGUGCCGCACUAGCAUAGGCGUACCAAGUGUUGGUACGGUACGAUACGCGGUACGUCAGGCGUACCAUUAGCAUAGGCGUACCGAGUGUCGGUACAACAUACCAUGGUAUGCCCGAUAUGCACCAGUAUGGACUGGUAUGGCACACUAUGCUAAAACCAAUGUUUUAAAUCCCUUGAGAUGGGGGUGUCCCAGUUUUUUCAAGGAAUAGGAUGCCUUGCUAUCCCACCCCAUCCUGGCAGCGGUCUCGGUCAAACGUCUCAGUAAAUAUCCUCCGUCUCUCUCCCUUUCUUCUUCUUUUCUUUCUUUCUUCUUUCAUUCCUUCUUUUCUUUCUU